AUGGAUGGUCUCAGCCAGUGGCACUACCGUUCAUCCACAACUAAGCAGAAACCUCGACUUGCUGCCUUUGCCUCACCCACCCCCACAUCCACAUCCAGUCAGGGUGUGUCACUGUACAUCCCGCAGUCCACCAUCAAUGCCACCGUGGAAGAAGACAUCCUGCUCUCGGUUGAGUAUUCCUGCCUCGGGGUGCCCACCAUCGAAUGGACAUAUACGUCCAACUGGGGAGUGCAGAAGAUCGUGGAGUGGACACCAGGGGCUCAGGCCAACAUCUCGCAGAGCCACAGGGACAGAGUCUGCACCUUCGACAACGGCUCCCUCCAGCUCUUCAGCGUGGGCGUGAGGGACUCCGGCUACUACGUCAUCACCGUCACGGAGCGCCUGGGGAGCAGCCAGUUUGGCACCAUCGUGCUGCACGUGUCUGAGAUCCUGUAUGAAGACCUGCACUUUGUCGCUGUCUUCCUUGCUUUUCUCGCUGCUGUGGCCGCAGUGUUAAUCAGCCUCAUGUGGGUUUGUAAUAAGUGUGCGUACAAAUUCCAGAGGAAAAGAAGACACAAACUCAAAGAAAGCACAACUGUGGAGAUUGAGCUGCAGGAUGUUGAGUGUUAGCCAAGGUUGGGCCCAGUUACAUUCCUACCUCGAGGAAAACAUUUUCCAACAAAGGAACAAACACAGCCAGUCCACGCUCCAGCCUCCUGUGGUCCUGCCGCAGCAACCCAUUCCUGAUGGGUCAGGCAGAAGUUAACAAAAUUGAUUGCAUGGAGUUGAAGACUGUGGAUUAGACAAAGUCAGUUCUAGGACUUGCUCUAAAUUUGAGAAGAGUGACUGAGGCUCGAACCAAGAGCUUUGCUUGGCUGCAGCUUCAGGGCCCAGCUGACCCGUGACCAACAGAGCUGGCUUCUCACUCAAGACACUGUCUCUGGCUGGGGGAUGGCCUGUUGGAGGAGUCUGCAUCAGAGGCCAGAGUAUCUCCAGGCUGACGUGCAGCUGGCACUGGAACAUGCUCUCUGUGCUUUUGUACUCCUGUCUGCUCAGCAAACUGCCGUUCCCUCCAACCUCCUAUCCCAUAUUCAACAAGCACUGCUGUGAGAGCUAUUGUGGCAAACCCUGAGGCUUUAAACAAUCUACUGCUGCAGAAGCAGAGGUGGAGAGAGUGGGGGGAUGUUGCUGUACUGUAGUGAGUUGCUCCAAGGUGAGGCCCUGUGGCUUGGAGCUUUAGAGAGCGGACUCAAUGCACUCCUGAGGGACCAGCUUUGGAUACAACAAACUGGGAGAAAAUUAUCCUUCUCUUCCUCCUUUGUUCCAACUUUAAUUGGAUUUUUCCUCCUAGGCCCAAACAGGCCAGUGUGAGGAAAAGACAGUAGCUCAUGUCCACUGUGGGCAGCAUCUGGCCUCCUGACAAGCUGGAUAAUGCCACUUUUAUGAAAGCUGAGCCUGCACAUUGGUGGUACGACUGGAAAAUCAGUAAUCUUGGGCUUCGGAUCUGUCCCUCUGAGUCACUAAUACUUCAUAUUUCAAGUCAGGCCCUUGCUGUCUUCUGCCUGGGCUGAGAAACACGUGGCCCUCACCUACCUCAUAGUCAGGGUAUUCAGAGAAACCUACAGUAGACAUAGAGCUCUCUGAGCAAUUUAAAAGCAUGAGAAUUCUUCAAGGAUCUGGAAAGCUAAACUGGGAAGCACUAUACUGAGUAUUGGAAAUCGAUAACAUGCUUUUGGGGGACUGGGGCUCCAGGUGUGAGAUUGGGGACCAGACCACAGCUGGCCUUGGACCUUAUUCUCUCAGGCUGUUGGUCACCAUGUUUACCUGAAAGUUUCUCCCUCCCAACUUUUUUUGGCAAUCUCUAAAAGGAGGCAUGAGUUUAUUUUCCACUUUCUUUUCUCUCUCCAGUAUUCAAAGCUACUGAUUGAUUGAAGGUACCAUUCCAAUUAUGGGGGAAGCCGAGGUCAUUAGCUAUGUUCUCAGCCCUCAGCUACAAAUUCAUCCAUGCAAAGGUGAAGUGCUAGACCAUUCCUUUCUCUUCUCCCUCCUUUUAGGUUCCCAGUGGGGAACCUACUUUUCUACUUCCCAUGUGGCAGGUAAGGAGUUUCCUGGGGAAAUUAGAGUCCUUUCCCUAAGGAAUGAAUCCAGAGCUACAGGAAGGGGUCUGUUGGAAUAUUCACACAGGGACUGUCAGUGAUACAGAAAAGGGCUCCGAAGGCACUAUUUGAUUCAGAAAGCAGAGCAGCUGUUGUGCACGACUGAUUGUAGCUCUAGCACCUGACACAUAGAAGGUACUCACCCUCAGGCUACCUCCUGUAAACACGCGUGUAAACAUGCACAUCUGUGCACUUUCCCCAUGCAGCAGACAGAAGAACGAGGACCUGUGCCAGGACAGUUUCCAGUGCCAUGGAGAAAUGGGGUGAGAAGUACCUGAGAAAAAAGGGGAUCAAGGAUAAUCUAUUUCUUUCUCCUCUUUCAUACAGAAAGUCCAUCAACAGGAAACCAGUUUGGAGUUGGGCAGCUGCUGCAGCAUGUGUGUCCUUUUAUACCACCUGCUUUUCAGAACUUUCCCUGCCAGAUUGUCAGAAGUCAGGGGUGGUCAUCUUCAUAAUAAAAGGAGAAACAGAAAAGAAUAACCAGUGAGAGGCCUCCAUAGGCAAACUAAGAUGUACAUUAAAUUGUCCCCCAAAAAUCUCAUGAAAGGUUAUUCUAUCAUCUUUCUAUUUCUUUGAAAAAGGGUUUAUUUUGCACUUUUAAAUAGUUUCCCCCAUCCUGAACAUUCCUGUGGAAAUGUUUUGAUUGCAGAGCCUGAGGAUUUUGUCUAUUUUUUGAAAAACAUUAAAUCAUAGAGAUUGGCCAGUAUAAAUAUUAAACUAUACGUUAUGUUUCAAACUGUGAAAAAAAGUGUUUUAAGGAACGAAUGAAAUAAAACAUGAAACUAAA